ACGGAGAACUGUGACUACAUCUUCACCUCCAAUUUGGCGGGCGUGGAGAGCGUGCUGGUGCCGGCGCUGAAUGCGUACACCAACAAGGAUCUCUAUGUACCCGGCUCGGUGAACCUCCGAUACUCGCUGACCACGACGAAUCCGGCCUGCACGUUCAGUGUGCCCGAUGCCACCAAACCGCUGAGCGAGAAUAAGGCCUGGUCGCUGUUCCUGAAUCCGACGAAUGCGACCACACACUAUUGGGAGGAGGACUUCGUGGACAAGCCCAGCGAGAGUCAUCCGCUGAUCCGCAACGUGGCCAAUGUGCCGCAGGGUGCCACCAUCCGUUGGGAGAGUGUUUCCAAGGGCGAUGUGGCCUACGAGGCGUUGGCCGCCAAGACGCUACUCACGCGCGUCAAUUCGGCGGACUACAAGGUCUACGUGGACGAGUCGCUCCUUGGCGAGUUCAAUGUCCACACGGGCGGAGUGUACACGCUACUCAUAUCCAAAUCGGACACCGAAGGCUAUCUGUCCAAUCUCGUCGAGGUGACGGUACCCAACUCGAUGUCGAUCCUCUGGCUGGUGCCGCAGUACGUGGUGAUGACGCUCGGCGAGGUGAUGUUCUCCGUCACCGGACUGGAGUUCUCCUACGCCCAGGCACCGCCCAGCAUGAAGAGCGUACUGCAGGCAUGCUGGCUGCUCACCGUGGCCUUCGGCAACGUCAUCGUGGUCAUCAUUGCCGAGGCCGCACUGUUCGAAUCGCAGGCCAGCGAGUUCUUCCUUUUCGCCGGCCUCAUGUUCGCCGACAUGCUGCUCUUCAUGGUGAUGGCCUACUACUAUGUGCCCAAUGAUCCCAACAAGGCGGAGGAGGCCCAGCCCCUGACGGGCGGCGAUGCCAAGGCCGAGAUCCCGCCCCUCGAGGGCGGCGUUGAAAACAAGGGCAAGGACAUUGACGAGUAGGAUCUACGAUCUGGGAUCUACGAUCUAAAUUCGAUCUGAAAUUCGCUCCUGUGUUGUGUAUUAUAUGUAUUUGUAGAUGUGUAUAUGUGAAUCCUUAGUGGCCACUGUCCAUUCCCAGCUAAGUGUAAGUGCGUUGUUGCAUAUGACCAGACAUCCAUCUGGUUAAUCUAAUAAAUGAAAACUAUUGAUAUAUA